CGACUCGGAGUCAUAAUAAUGCUGAUUCAGUAGGGGUCUGAGUUUCGUUUCGUUUAGUCGAAGGGAAGUUCAGUAGUCGAGAAAACGAAACUCUGUGUGUGUUUUAAAGCCGAGUGGAGCUCAGAGAGAGACAUUGCUCACCUCAGCACUGCAGACAUGACAUUCUCUCUCUCCAUCAACACCAUCAGCACUGUCAGGAGGAGGAGAACAUAAUGCUGUAGCGAUGAAUUUACCACCAACAAACAAGAAGAAAAUUAAAAAAAAUGCAUUCGGAGCUACAGCGCCACCAUUUAUCGACUACUUGAAGGAGAUUCUCAGACGCUACCCUGAUGGAGGACAGAUACUGAAGGAGUUGAUACAGAAUGCAGACGAUGCUGGAGCUUCAAAAACUGUGUUCAUCCACGAUGAGAGAAGAUACGGCACAGACAGUGUGUGGAGCCCGGCUCUGGGAAAGUAUCAAGGACCCGCUCUCUACGCAUUCAAUGAUGCAGACUUCACUGAGGAAGACUGGGAAGGGAUUCAGCGAGCAGGGCGGAGCAUCAAGCAUGACGAUCCAACUAAAGUGGGGAGGUUUGGGAUCGGCUUCAAUUCCAUUUACCAUGUUACAGAUUUGCCAUGUGUAUUCAGCUCCAAACACCUUGCAGUUUUUGACCCUCAAAAGCUGAUGUUUGAUGAUGAACGUGAGGGCUACCGCUGGUCCCUUGAUGAUGAAGAAGACAGAAAGCACCUUUUGGAAUUCACAGAUCAAUUCAAACCUUUCCAGGAUAUUGUUAAUCUAGUCUGUGAUAGUGCUUGUGCUUGGGAGAAGAUCAUUAAGGAGUGCUAUUUUAAAGGAACACUCUUUCGGUUUCCUCUGCGUGAUGAAUCUUCAGAGAUUUCUGACAAUUUAUACGACUCUAAGAAGGCUACCCAACUUUUUGACAGCUUCAUUCCAGAUGCAGACAUUAGUGUUCUGUUUCUAAGAUCAGUCUCGUCCAUUUCUUUGUUGCAUAUUGAUUCAAGUGGCAGUGUCACCAGUAGGAUGAAUGUUUCUGCAUCAUCUCCAUCAAGCAGUCUACAGAAAAGUGAGGAUUUUAAAAGAAACUGUGUGCAAGGCGAGACUAGCUUUAAAACGGUGUCCUGCAGUUCACCAUGUCAGGAAAACACAACCACCAAGUGGCUCGUGACAGCAUGUCGCUUAGUGGAAGGACGUGUACCUGAGAUUGACACACUUGCUGGCAAACUGAGUUUUUACCCUCAGGUUGACGUAGCAUUUCAGUGCGAUGAAGACAGAGCAAGUGGCAGUGGAAGACUGAGCUGCUUUCUUCCCCUUCCAAACAAUGAAACAAACAGGACAGGACUCCCCGUUCAUAUUAAUGCAUGCUUUGGCCUUACAGACAACCGAAGGUACAUCAAGUGGCAGGAAGAGGAUCAGAAGAAUGACGAAUCGGCAGAGUGGAAUGAGCUGCUAAUGAAGGAGGUUCUUCCUCAUGUAUAUCUCAAGAUAAUCCAAGAUGGUAUCCAACUAUCAAGAAAGUCAAUACUGCCUGUAAGUGCUGUGUACAAUCUUUGGCCUAAUCUGAGAGAGACGGAACACAGGCCACGAUGGCAUGAAGUUGCAGUAGACCUUUUCCAACGAUUAUUCCAAAAUCAAGAAAUCUUUUCUCUAGCUAAAAACGAGAAAAAAUGGGUGGCUGCUUCAGAUGCUGUUUUCCCAAGUGAUGACACUGACACUGAUAUGAUGUCUGCAGCUUUCCGUUUAUUGAUUGAGAAAGGAGAAAACCUUGUUUUUGCUCCUGAACAUGUUCUGCUCAGUAUAAAGAAAACCUUCCCGAACCCUGACACUCUGCAAUGGGUGACGCCAGGUUUUGUUAGAUCCGUGCUCCACAGAAGUGAGAUCGAAUCAAUUGGUAAGAACGAGAAACUGUCCAUCUUGGAGUAUGUGCUCAGUGAUGGAAGGUAUGAAGAACUAAAUGGUCUACAGCUCCUGCCACUUAGUGAUGGAAGUUUCAGGUCCUUUACAAACAAGGAGGAGGACACUGCUUUGAUUGACAAUGAGAAGUUUUCACGGGUGCUGCUGCCUUUUUGCAAAGACAGAUUUUUAUUUGAUGAUCUGAACAGCAACACAGUCCAUCAUCUGAGAUGCAUGGCUAUCAAAAAUUCAAAUCUGUAUCAACUGAUUAAUUUGGAUGCAAACAAUGUUGCUACAUUUGCCAAGAAACACUUACCCAGAGACUGGAAAGAGGAAAAAGGUCAUGUGAAGUGGAAUUCAGUUAAAGAUGAUCAUCCACCAAAGACAUGGCUGAAAGAAUUCUGGAAGUUUCUGAACACUCACUGGACAGAGCUAAGGGAUUUUAUUGGCAUGCCUUUAAUACCUUUGGAACCACUUCAACAAGCAGGCAGUACUAUAAUGUUAGCAAGAUUGGAGGAGAAAUCCACUUUGAUUUUCCAGAGCAGCAGAGACUCCACCUUGUCAGAUCAAAUUCAAAAAGUGGUUAAGGCAAUCGGAGGUACUGUCAUUAAGAAAGAUGAGUGUCUGAAGCAUCAUGACAUUGAAAGUUAUGUCCUAACACCAUCCCCAAGGAACAUCCUGCACAUCUUUUUAAAUGUGGACAUAGACAAGGUCAUCAGUGGCAUUGCCUUUGCUUCAAUUCAUGAAAAAGAAGAGUUUAAAACCUAUAUCUCUUCUUUGGAUUGUCUCUCUGAUGUAGAGCAAGAUUUGCUGUCAGCGCUUCCCAUUUUCAGAUUGAUGUCUGAAAAGUAUGUUGGCAUUGCGUCAAAAAAAGCAGUUAUUUUAAAGUCCAACCCAGCCAUUCCAAAGGAUUUACCCGUCCCUGACACCAUAGUCCAGUGUGCAAAUGAAGCUGACCGCAGACUUUUGAGUCUCCUACACGUUGAGCUUCUGGAUGCUGCCCAGUUAGCCAUUUACUUGGUAGACUGUAUUGAUGACAUGCAAUUCACCAAAGAGGAUGAACAAAAAAUAAUGACUUGGAUACUGAAUCAUGGACAUCUCCUAUUCUCCCAAAGUGAAGAAUUGCUCAGGAAAAGCAAGAAUCUCAGUUUCAUUAUGACAGAGCAGGGUGAACGCAAAAGGCCAUCAAGUGUUUUUGAUCCCACAAAGAAAACCUUCCUUGAUCUUUUUGAGGAAGACUUCUUCCCACCGCAAGUUUACAGGUCACCAGAGAUGCUACAAAGCUUGAAACAACUUGGUCUACAGACAAAAGAAGAAGAAUUAUCCCCAGCAAAUAUUCUUCAUGUUGCCUCACAAAUUCAAAAGCUCCACAUCCACUCACGAAACAGGGCUUUUAAAAAGGCUGAUGUUCUUGUAAGUGUAUUGAAUGGAAAUGACCUGCUCUCAAAAUUCUCUGAGGAGGAGAGACAAGAGCUUCUUCAGUUUCAGUGGGUUCCUUGUGAAAAUCCAAAUUCAAUUAAAAGUAAAAACAGCCAGAAGAGGUGUCUCUACAAACCAACUGAAAUAAGGGCAUCAAAGUAUUCUGCAAUUGUGGGACAUGUUAUGCCACUUGCUUCCGACCUUAAUGAGAGUAUCUGUCAAAAACUUGACCUUUAUAGUUCUCCUCCAGCUGAAAAAGUCUGGGAGAAUUUGUGUGUACUGGUAUCAUUAGCUCCAACAAUGGUCAGCCCAGAUUCAGAUUAUGAGUUCAAAAACAAGUUGCACAGCACAUACAAAUUCAUGCAAGAAAACAGUGAACAUUUCAGAAAGGAGAUGAACAAUAAAUGCAUUCCUUGGCUCUGGAGCCAGACUGAGUUUGUGUCACCUCGGGAAGUAGUGCUCAACUAUCCAGCUGGACUGGAUCUUAGCCUUUACAUCAAGAAAGUGCCAGAUGAAUUUUUACAAUAUGAUGACCUGUUAAGAGAGUGUGGUGUAAAGGAAACACUUGAUGAUGAAGAAAUAGAAGCCAUACUCAGUGACAUUAAAGAAAUCAUUGAUGACAGGACACCACCAUAUGGAGAGUCAUCUGAACUUAAAGUGUCUACAGACAUCCUUGACUGGAUGCGGAAAAAUGAAAAGUCUUUAAAGGACAGUACACCUGUACCAGUCAUGGCGCAAAAUCAAAACUUCACCUUGCAGCCUUUGAAAAAUACUGUUUUUUGUGAUAUCAGUGAUGAUGGGUUAGAAGACUUAAAACAAGAUAAGGAGGAGUUCUAUGUCAUCCAUGAGGAGGUGCUACCUGUCACUGCAAGAUGGCUGAAAAUUCCCUUUCUAAGUACUCGUAUAUUGAAACCACAGUUUAUAGGAGACGAGGAAGUGUAUGAGGGAAUUGAACAGUGUGGUCAAACAGAGCCAAUCACUCAGAGAAUCAAAAAUAUACUCAAAGACUAUGAUGACGAAAGUGACAUUUUUAAAGAACUCAUACAAAAUGCUGAAGAUGCGGGUGCGAGUACCUGUGGAUUUAUGCUGGACUUCAGAACACACCCUUCUGAAGGGCUUAUCGAUGAUGGUAUGGCUGUAUGCAAUGGUCCUUGUCUUUGGGCUUUCAACAAUGAGCUGUUCUCAGAGGAAGAUUGGAAAAACAUUGUUAGAGUUGGCUCUGCAUCGAAAGAAAACAAAUUUGAGAAAAUUGGAAAGUUUGGACUAGGUUUCAAUGCUGUUUAUCACUUGACAGAUAUUCCGUCUAUUUUGAGUGGAAAAAGUCUUCUAAUCCUUGAUCCAAAUGUAACACACUUGGAAAAGCACAUACGUAGCAAAUCAAAUCCUGGAAUUAAACUUGACUUGUUCCAAGAGAGACUGUUUAGGAGGUUUCCUGGACAGUUCAAAUCUUAUCAGGGGAUUUUUGACUGUGAUCUGUCGAACAGCAACGAAAAAUAUUACAAUGGUACUCUGAUUAAAUUACCAUUUCGCACAGCAGAGGAGGCCCAUACGUCAGAAAUUAGCUCUAAGGUGUAUGACAAAGAGCGCAUAAAUGCCUUUCAGCAGCGCUUUGCAGAUGAUUCUCUAACUCCUUUGUUAUUUCUUAAGAACAUAAAGUCAUUGUCUCUUCAAAUCUUUAAACAGGAACCAAUAGAGACAGCCCUGAAAAUCUCCAAAGAGGUAAUAUGUUCAAUUAAAAUUUCAAAUGAAAGGCAUUUACAGGACAUCAGAGAAGCUCUGAAAAACCUUGACACAAACUACAAUGAGAUCGUUGAUUGUUUUGCUGCAAACAUUGUGGAAGUAGUUUGUGAGAAUGCUGAGAGAACUAGCACCCAAUACCGGCUGAUUUAUUCAUGUAUUGGGACAAAGGAUUCACUGAGAAUGUUUCAGAGAGAACUGCAUCAGUGCAAAUUUUCCUUGCCAAUUGGAGGAGUUGCUGUGCCUCUACAAAGAGAAUCAGACAAUAUGUGGUCCCCAGAUGAAAGAUGUGCAGAUGGCCAGGCUUUUUGUUUUCUUCCUCUUCCAAUUGAUACAGGCCUCCCAGUUCAUAUCAAUGGAUCUUUUGCAGUCACAUCAAACAGGAAGGCUCUGUGGGGAAUUGGUACAAAACUGGAGUGGAACAAAGCAUUACUCCAAGAUGCGGUUGCUACAGCCUACAUCACCACACUGCUUGAGUUGAAGAACAUAUCCCAAAAUGGGAAUCUUCAAAACUAUGACUACUACACAUUCUGGCCUGAUACUGAAAAAGUAAACAAAGAAUUUCAACCUUUGGUGAGUGCUUUUUACUCAGCCAUUGUACAGAGCUCCAAUGUCAGAUCCCUGGAGCUCUUGAGUAAUGGAAAAUCCUGGUGCUCCUUUGAAAAUGCAAGAUUUCUUGAUCCAAGUAUUCAAGAAAAUGAGGCAGUGGGGAAACUUGCCAUGGAGGUGUUCCUGAAAUUUACAGAACCAAACUACUGUGCUGUCCCUUUGCCGGCCUGGGCAAGAAAUAAUUUAAUUCGAUGUGGCUUCAGUGAGAUGGUAAAGGAGAGAACUUUUAGCUGGUUUGACUUUUAUCAAGUAGUUUUCAAGAACUUGAACAAAAUGGAUGCAUACUGCAGGAAUGCUCUUAUAUUGAAUGCCAUAGACUUGAAUGAUCAUGCAAUUGACACAUUGCUGAAAAGUCAUGCAUGCAUUCCAACACAGAAAGUAGGAACACUUCAGUUCACCAACAAACUGGUGAACCCUCAUGGGAAAGUAGCAUGCUUGUACGAGCCAGAGGAGGGCCGCUUUCUUGAUGGUACCAAAAAUGACUACUUCACUCAAAAAAGGAUUCAACGACUAUCAGGCUUGGGAAUGUUGACUGAUGUACUCACUUUAGAGGAAGUUAUAGAGAGAGCAAAGAAAAUCUCCAGAGUUUGGGCUAAAGACAAAAAUAAAGCAUACAAACAUCUUCAGUGUCUCUUUGACUCAAUGAAAAAGUCCUCACAUGUUGAUUCUUUGCACUGGGAAACCCUUAAACAUACAUCAUUUCUUCCUGCUCUGGGUAUCAAUCAGCACAAUGAAAUAGUGACCAUACUUAAAAAGCCAUUUGAAAUCUAUGAUUACGAGUGCUACCAUGUAGUAAACACGAUAGAAUUCACUGUUGAUCGUUUAAAGCUAGAGUUAAUGCCAGAUGACCCAGUUCUCACAAAAUUGGGGGUGAAGAAGAACCCACCAGUUGAAACAGUACUCAGACAGCUCAAAGAAGUACACCAUCGUGUCAAGUCAUUUGAAAAUUCUGUACUCUUUAACAUUGCCAGAAGCUGUUAUGACUAUCUCAACAAAUAUUUGUUGAAUGAUGGCGAUCCCACUGUUAUUAUUAAACAUGCGCAAUCAAUCCCAUUUGUUCUGAUUGAAGAUCGCUUUGUAAAUGUGCGAUCAGUGGCCAUGGGUGGUGAAUUUGAGGAAAGGCCGUACCUCUAUGUUCUUCCCACCAUCCUGUCCAAAUUUGAGAAGCUCUGGAACUGUGUUGGUAUUAAAAGACAGUUUACAGCAGAGCAAUUUGUUGCUGUCCUUGAAGAAAUUAGUACUUUUUCAAGACCACUCUCAAAAAGAGAUCUUCAUGUCUGUCUUGACAUACUUAUAAAAGGGCUGUAUGGGGCUGUAGAUGGAACUGUUGAAAACUGUCUAAUGCCUGAUGAAAGAGGUGUGUUGACAAAUUCAAGCAAGCUGAAAUUUAAUGACACUCCUUGGAUGCCUGUGCAAGCUGGGGUAACUCUCUGCCAUGAACUAAUACCGCGAGAAGUUGCAUGCUGUUUUGGUGUAGUAACAACAAGACACCAUACACUAAAGAGUCAUCUAGUUAGUGAGUUUUCACCCUUUGCUAAGGAGUUCGGACAACAUGAGAAACUAACCGUUCGGAUAAAAAACAUAAUUGAAGCCUAUCCAGCCAAGAAAGAUAUCCUGAAAGAACUCAUUCAGAAUGCUGAUGAUGCAGAGGCAACAGAAAUCCAUUUUGUAUGGGACAAACGAAAGCAUGGAAUUACGAAAACAUUUGGGGAAAAAUGGGAGUUGCUUCAAGGGCCAGCUCUUUGUGUGUACAACAACAAGAAAUUUUCAGAUGAAGACCUGAUAGGUAUUCAGCAACUAGGAGAAGGAGGAAAACGUGGCACUUUGGGUAGAACUGGGAAAUAUGGUCUUGGUUUUAAUUCUGUUUACCAUCUGACUGAUUGCCCAUCUAUAUUAACUGGUGACAAAAAUCUUUGCAUAUUUGAUCCAAACCUGAAAUAUGUGGAAGCGGGAACAAAGGAGUCUCCAGGCUGCAUGUAUUUAUUGGAUGAAAAUUUCAAAAAGUCUUUCCAGGAUGUUUACCAUACCUUUCUUCCUGAAAAAUUUCCUCUUAAUUCUGGAACCAUGUUCAGACUUCCACUGAGGACAGAAGAAAUGGCAGCCAAAUCAGAAAUAUCUAUACAUGCAGUUAGAGAUUAUGAAAUGAUGGAACUUUUCCAGGCUCUAAAAGCAGAUUCGGAGGAACUGAUUCUCUUUUUGAAGUACAUCACAAAAAUACACUUCCAUGAAGUCAACAAGGAUGGAAGUGAUGUCAGUCAUUUCCUAAUUGAGAAAAAAGUCACUGAUAGUACAGUGGAGCAAAGGGAAGGUUUUCAUAAACAUGUUCGCAAUUCCCUCAAAUCUGGGAUGGUAAUUCCAUGCCAAGCUAUCUAUAAAGUUCAGAUCACAUCAGGAAAAAAACAAAGCCUUUGGAUUAUUGCAGAGCAAUAUGGAUCCUUUUUGAAAAACCAAGAAGAAGGUAAAUCCCAUGACAAAGUACCUCAAGCAGGCCUGGCAGCUUGUUUAGGCACAAAACCUAAAGAAAAUGAAUUUCAUGGAAGGGCUUUUUGUUCUCUGCCAUUGCCAGGAGAAACUGGUCUUCCUGUCCAUGUGAAUGGAAACUUUGAAGUGGAUCAUUCUAGAAGAGAUCUGUGGAAAGAAGAUGGUGAGAGUUUAAAGACCAAAUGGAAUCAGUCACUGCAACUGAAGACCAUUGCACCACUGUAUGCUGACCUCCUAACACAUAUCUGUGCAAGCCUUAAAAAGGGUGAACCCAAAAUAUUAGUUCAUCUCAAAUCACAUCUGAGCUUUUGCUUGAGGUUCUUUCCUUUUGCGUCAAAAAAUGUUGCCCAAGUCUGGCAUGAUAUGAUCAGUGAAGUCUAUAGGUCAAUCAAUCAACGAAACCUUCCUGUGGUACCAACUCUUAGAAUUGUUACUGAUAACUCUUCGCAACUCAUUGACCCAAAGUACACAUUUGACUGGUCAAGUGUUUCAAAGCCAGAUUCAACAGAUUCACCUCAUUUCACAAGAGACAGCCCCGAUAACAUCCUCCAAAUUUUAGAGCGCACUGGAAUGAACUUGGUACCAUCUUCAGUGGAAAUUGAAAAAGUCAGGGAGAGUUUUAAGAGAGCAGGUGUGGAAGUGGCUGAAGUCAGUCCUUUAUCAGUAAUCAGUUAUUUGAAGAAGAAAAGAAUGAAUGAUCUCUCACAAACUACUGAUGAUUUACCAUUACCCAUCAACCAGACUUUGAUCAAAGAUUCAAAAAGUUGUUCAAAACUCCUGAAUUUCUGCCUGAGUAAUUGGUCUAGCUCUGUGGCCCCAAAUGUUCAUAAAAAGUCUAGCUCAAUUGACCUUAAUGGGCUACCUCUCCUCCUCACCCAAGAUCAGAUGUUGAGGAAGUUCAGCUCUGAUUCUCCAAAACUAAUCUCAAGAUUUGCUGACAUUUUUCAGGAACACAAGUCAGAAUUUGCAGAUUAUCAGGUUAAUUCUAAGCAUGAAUCAAUUCUGCAUGAGGGAAAAUACACUGAGAAAUUAACCAUCCCAGUGGCAGCGAAGUUCAUAAAGCCAGUUCUUCAACAACAGCUUCAACACUCACUGCUUAAUGAAACAAAUGGGCUUUAUAUAGCAGGAAAAGAAACAAAAGAAUGGCUGAAGGAACUGUGGAAUUUUUUUGAUGAUGAAGUGAAGGUUUUCCAAGGGGAAGAGGAAAAUCAAGUCUUUAGUGAAAUAAAGAAACACUUCUCUGGCAGUCCCAUCUUGCCUGUCAAUUAUCCUGGUCAAGAAGAAACAAUUUUCCUACAGAAAAUUAGCAAACUACAUAGUAUUGUUCAUGAUCCCAACGAGGCCAUUUCUGCUAUUCUCAUUAAACUUGGAUCCGUGAUGUUACACCGUAGGUUUUUCCUAGGGCUUGGUCAAUUUUUGUACAGAUAUUUACAACCAGAACUGUUAAAUAUCAAGGACAGCAGUGCCGUUCUGAAGCAGUUGGACACAAUUCCGCAUUCACAGUAUGACAUGCUUUCUGGUGAUGAAAGUGAUGAACUUCAACACUUCCUCCAAUCUGGCAUCAGCUACUCUAAAAACACAGUUGAGUAUCAGAGAAUGUUUAAGUCUUUACCUUUGUUCCAGACAAUAUGUGGAAAGCGGCAAAGGAUUGAUUUUUACAGGAAUAUAUUCAUUCUGAAUUCUGCAUUUCAGGAAAGAUUUCCAGGCUUGUACAUGUUUGAUGACAGCAACUGCAUUUUUCUCAAAUACAACCAUUUAAAUGAAAGACUAUCAAGAUGUCUGGACAUUAAGAUUUUGGGGGAUUUGGAGUACUGUUUAAUAUUUAUGAUUCCUUCUGUACACAAGCUUAAACAGACCCAGCUUCUUGAUUUAUUAAGGCUACUAGUGGAACUUAGCCAAUUUUUUGACUAUGGAAAGUAUAAAGACAGCAUUGCCUCAGCCUUGAGAGAUGUCAGAUUUAUUAAGGACAUCAAUGGCUGUCUUCAGGUGACCUCAUACUUCUUUGAUGACACUGUACAGCUGUACAAAGUUAUGCUUCCAAAGGAGAGGUUCGUUCCAAAGACUUUUUUGGAACAAUUUCAAAACACUAAACAAGCAAAAGCUCUUCUACAUGACCUAGGACUAAAACAUAAAGUAUCUGAAGAAGAGGUAAUGAAAUUUGCUCAUCAGAUCGAAUCAGAUGCUAGAGGUAACAUUGAACUGCAGGUUCUUAAGCAUAGAUCUGCAACAUUGCUUAAGACAGCGCUUCAUUUUGGUGUCGAGAACAAUUCUAAAUUAAUGCAAAGAAUUACAACCAUAAAAUUUAUAUUGGCUGUGCAGAUUGAGCCAAAACUUUGUAAUUAUCACAAAGCAUUUGCCCAAGAAAGGGAUGUGGUUGCCAUCAGUGGAUCACUGCUUGAAAGGGACCCUGAUCAUCAAUAUCUCAUAUGGACUGCCAUGCCAAUACUGCCCUCAAGGGACUUCACUCCAAAACAGUUAAAUACCCUAAGGAAGGCUGGAGCCUUGGAUGAACCACCCUCAGAGCAGGUCAUGCAGAACCUAAAAAAUAUCUGUAGAUCUCAGUGCAGAACAGAACAAUUGGUAGAGACAAGAGCUACAGUGUUCAAGAACUCAUAUGCCUACCUACAAUCUAUGCAUUUUAAUGAGGCUUUGUUGGCUGACCUCCCUCUUGUUCUUGUUGAAAAUGACACAAAUCUUGUGAAAGCAAGUCAAGCAGUCCUGACACUACCUAAUGCUAACGAGUUUAGGCCAUACCUCUACCCCAUACAACCAAAACAUGCAAGGUUUGCAGAAUUCUUCAAGAAGAUUGGUGUUGAAGAAAAACCUACUGUCACACAAUUCUCUACUGUGCUUGAGGAAAUCUAUACAGAGUGUUGUGACAAGACAACACUUCAACCAAACCAGCUGAUAACUGUUCAACGUGUUGUGCAGCAGCUUUUCUGUCUGAUAAAAGAGGAGGGAAAAGAAACUCACUUUCAGAAGAAAACCCUAUACCUCCCAUCAACAGAUGGAAAACUCUAUGAGUCCAGCAUAUUGUUUUUCAAUGACACCUUCUUUCAGGCCAACAGACUGGAAGAUUCACUGAAAAAUAAACUGAAGCUACUUGUGAAACUAAACCAGUGUCACCUUAAAGAAGAUCCCUACGAACAUCAAAAGCUGUUGCAAUUGCUUCCUAAAGAAAUUCGUCCCAGACUGCUCUCUCAAGUCAUUUCUGUGAACCUGGUUGGUGCAGAUGUGGAACACUGUGAUUACGGAAAAUCAUGUGAAUUCAGUGGCUGGUUUCAAAAACGUCUGUCCUCUCAUGAGUUCCAUCACGGUCUUAUUUGUCUGAUCAGAGAACAAAGCAAGGGCACCAUUUCACAGACUAAAGCUGCACACAUGUGCGAAAGCACAUUUGGUAAAAUUCAAAUUGUCUGUUGCAAGGCUUUACACACUGAGCUUUUGUUAAAUCACCAGCCACUAGAAGGUACUGAGACUGAAACUCAGGUUUAUGUGAAAAAGAAGCAAGAUGAAUGUGUCUUCUAUUUGAAGCACAAUGAUAACAUGGCUCACAAAGUGGUGAAUGAGGUCAAUAUGUAUCUUACCAAAGAAAUCAAUGCUCUUCUGGAAAACACCUUGAAUUCAUUAAGCCUACCAGUACUUGGACAUCUUUUAUUAUGUGAAAACAUGGAGGAUGUUGAAAGGGCCUUGGAACAACACGGUGUCCGUAACACUUUGAGUAAUGAAGAGGGACUUGGAUUUCGUCCAAGCCCUGGAACUCCUAUACCAGAAGAAUGGCAUGAUUCCCUUGAUAUGGACCCCCUCAACAGUUUUGAGAAAGGGGAGUAUGUUGGUUUUAGUAAGGAUGAAUUGGGAAAUGAAUAUGUUUUUGCCAUUGUUGUGGAGUGUCUGGAUGAGCAUCCAGGACAGACCAAGCGAAAUCCUUCAAGAUAUAGAAUACAGAUAGGAAAUGAAAAAAUCAUUGAAGUUAGCUCUCUUGAUCUUUAUCAGUUUAAGAGAGAAAAAAGAUCAGCUCCAGUUGGAAAUGUUACCUGCACAGAUACAGACAUUUUGCAUGUACUAUCACAGUCUGAACCUUCACGGUCUGUACCAUCACAUUCUGGACCUCCACGGUCUGUACCAUCCCCAAAGAGGCCCUUACCACAGACUUUGGAGGAGGUUAAAACAGAGAUUGACCAGAGCUUGGAACAGAUCUGGAAGAUGUCAGAUGAGGACAAAUCAAAGGCCAUUAGACGCCUGUACUUAAGGUGGCAUCCAGACAAGAACCCAGACCACAUAGAGCUUGCCAAUGAAGCAUUUAAAUAUUUGAAGAACAGAAUUGAAGAGCUACAGCAAGGAAAGACCAAACACAACACAUCAACACAACCAAACACAACACAUUGGGCCAACUUCAGAGAUUUCUAUGAUAGAUGGAACUACGAGGCUGGGAAUCACAAAAGGGGGCGGGAGCGAUUCUAUCAGAACAAUUUCAGACGGCAAUAUAAUUUUUGGUCACACUUCAAAGAAACUCCAAGACCAAACAGAGAGGAAGCUAAGCGCUGGUACAGACAAGCACAGUGUGACCUUCUUGCUGCUCAGAGCGACAUUGGAUACAAUGCGAGCCGAGAGUGGUGUCUAUUUAAGGUGCAUCAGGCAGUGGAAAAAGCUCUAAUAGCCACAGAGUUCAGAAGGAACGGACAGCAUCCUGGGACUGCAUCCACCAUCAUAAGCCUUGCCCAGAAGAUAUCACAGUAUGCUACCUACCUUAAUGAUUUGCCCCAUAUUGUGAAUCAGCUGAGGGCAUUGGGUGUCGAUGCUAAGAGAACUCAAUACCCAAACUACCACCCAUCUCCCCACAUUCCAAACGGUCAAUUCAAAGCCGAAGAUGCACAAGAGGCAGUGAAAAUAGCAACAAAGCUGCUAAGGAAACUGGACAAUUAUAUUACUGAGUGAUUUGCAAAAGUAAAUAUAUGUAUGUUUAUGGUAACUUGAGAAAUUUUGUUGUACUUUUUUCUACUUUUUUAUUCAACUAAUGUAGACAUGUAAAAAAAAAAUACAGAUUAAGACUACCACUAUACACAGAACUAUUUACUAUUUCAAUAAGAUUCUUUUGUACUGUAUCUUUUGUUAACUUACUCUACUGUAUCUUUUGUCAAUUUACUUUAUGUUUUUUUUUGUUACUGCUGUACUGCAUACAAUCAUCAAAGCCAUCUUUCAAGAGAAUAUCUUGUUUUCUGUUUGU